CCCUCACUCAAUUGUCCUUGCAUUUUUUUUUUCUUCAUCUCCUUCUUUCUUUCAUUCAUUCAACAGACACAGAAAUCAUUUCCUAAGUUUUAGCUCAAGAGGAAAGAACUUACUUUUCUAUCAGAACCAAGUGCCAUGGCUACAUAUGGAAGUCUCUUAGAAGAACAAGAAAAACUUAAUUCCGAAUGCCCAGAAGUGGAUCGUGCUGACUUUCUUGUAACAAAUCCAAAGACCGUUUACAAAAAUAACAGACCUCAAUACACACGAUAUGAGAUCAUCACUAAUAAUGCAAGUUCAGCGUUUCCUCUGAGGUCUUCAAGAGGAGUAUAUCGAAGUUUCAAGGAAUUCAAGUGGCUUCGCAGAAUUCUUCGUUGGGAGUAUCUUACCUCCAACAUCCCAGUUCUUCCACCAAACUACUUGUUCAGAAGAAAUUACAAUCCAAGUGUUGUUGCUUCCAGACUGGUUCCACUAAAAAACUUUCUAAAUGAGUGUGUCAAAGACAAGAAAAUAGUAUCUGAUGUGGCAUUUCAUUUGUUUGUCCAGUCCGAUCUAACAAUUCAAGAUAUCACCAGACAACGAAGGGGUCAAACUCAUCAUUCAUACCUACCAUGUCUUUGGAAUUGUGGAGGAAAAAUCCAUAAAGAUGACCCUAUUCCACCUAACCAAGUAGAAUAUGAUGCCAUAUAAGUGAUGAUUUUGACUAUGCUGCAUUUAAAAGGGAAUUGAGUAGAACCCUAAUGAAUGAAGAUUCUGAUUGAUUUAUGAAAUUCUGAAUAAGGACUGAGAAACCCCAACCAAUUUCUGAAGUUACUUGGUCUGUAACUUGAGUAACUUUUGAAAAGUUUCCAAUAUAUGAAAUGUUGUUUUUACACUUAUUUUCAAAUGCCAAGAAAAUCAGAAAAAUAUAAUACUUUUUUUCUGCCUAAGGGGUUUUUAAACGAUUAUUUACACGUUAUUAUUCAUAGCAUUAUCUACUUCAAGUUCCCCUGUUCCAAUACAACACCAUUUGGCAAGAAAGUUUGUAGCUAGUUCUCUUGUCUAUUAUCAUUGUCAUCAUUUUCAUCUUCAUCAUUCACAUUUUCAUUUAUAACAUGAAGAAUAAAACAAAAGAAAAUAGAAAUAGUAGGAAAUUAGUUUGCAACAGUGUUACUCUUUGAGCAGUAUUAUGACAAUUUAGUUUUCAUUUCAAAUAUUAAUGUCUUGUAUACAAAAUUCAUGGAAUACCAUACAAGAUAUUUAUUUACCAAACUCUUUACCCUUUAGCAUUUAAACCAGCCUUAACCAGCCAAGAUACUCUACCUGUUUUUGUUUAAACUAACCAGAUCCUGCCUCUCACACUUACCUUAUGACACCAUUCUAAAAAUAAACAAUCACAGCAUCAUAAUCUCAAAACUAAAUGUCAUAAAUAAUGGUGACAAAUGAAUUAUACACCGCUGGAAGUUGUUGUUGAUAAACAACAGCAGUAAUUUUAUUCAGCUGAAUACACGUCAUUGAUUGGUUGAAUUGACCGAAAUACGACAACUUUAACACAAAAUAACUUUGAAAAUACAAACUUUUCUCAACAACACUAAGAGUAAAAGAUGUUUUAUAUGACACAUUCUAUCAGUGUCUGAAGUUUGAAAGUGUUUAGUUACAAAAAAUUAAUUUCUCAAUCUGCUGUUCAAAGGGUAUAAAGAUCUACAAUUUUUUAUACACUGAAUUGUUUGGUAAACCAGGCUGAGAAAAGUUCCCUAAAAAUAUGCCAGUGACUGUAUUGUAUAGAAUGUUUGUUAGUAGUACAAGCUUUUUGAUAAGUUUGGUGAGUCAUAUGUGAGAUGAGUGAGCCAAUGAACUUGUAAAACAUGUAACUGUUGUUAUCUGGUGUUAUGCUGCAGAUACCUGAGGCUAUAAAAGUACGAUAUUGUUUCUGCUGAAAGAUUACAUUCACAAAACUACAGAGAUUAACCCAUUCAUGCUGAAACUUUUCUAGUGAAUGAAAUUGCCUGAAAAUUCACAGAUACGAUUAUUUCGACCUAAAUAACAACUGCAAAAAUUUCAUUGAAGUCCAUUUGAUACAGACUGCAUACGCGUUAAGAGCAUAUUUAAUUCUUUGAUACGGAUCAUACACAAAUCACAAUUUGUAUCAAGUAUUUGUUUUAUACCCUUAUAAAUUAAGUGUCCGUUUAAACGGACAAUUGGCAUGAAUGGGUUGAUAGCAAUAGUCCUUUCCAAACCUUUCAAUGUCUUGUUGCAGUUGAUUAUAUUAAAAGAUUAAGAGAGACAAUUUAAUGUAGACAUUUCUCACCCAAAUGUAGCAUCGAGAAACAGACAUUUAACUGAAGGUAAUGAUGUUCAUGAUCAUGACAAUGAUAAUGAUGAUGAUGACAAUGAUGAUGAUAUCAAUAGCAUACUGUGAUUAUUGUCAUAAGGUAUGCACUGUGCUGCUAUAAUGAACCUAUUGCUCAACUAUAUAUAUAUAUAUAUACAUACACAAAAAUAUAACUUAAAAAUAAACAUGAUUUUAAACUUAUUUCUGUGUAUGUAUUAUGAGAUUUAGACACAGAUCACAACCAGAUAUUGCAAGAACAGAGUUAUUAUUGUAAAGAAAAUCAGUUUCAGUUUAAGAAUUUCCAAUGAAUUUAUAUUUAGAACUCGAUGAUCACAAGAUGUGUGCUAGUGGAAUGAUGCUCACACUCAGUCCUUGCCUUUUUUCACUCUCACAUAAUCUUACCAUCAGCCAGUGCCACAUUAUAACACAACAUAAGGAUGUGCACUGCUGUAUCAAAACAACUAUCGCAUCACAAUAUUUUAUAAGAAGGCAAAUAAAAUAUAUUUUUCCAUUAUAAUCAAUGAUUAUAUUAUUUGGUGAGCUAAAUAUUUAUAGUAGGUGUGAUACCUACACCAAGAAUAUGUUGAUUAUAUGUCCCUUGGUUAAUAUGUAUAUCUCAAUGUUUAAAUAUUA